GUUAGUAUACAAUAAAUUUUUGCCUGUCGAGAUACCCCGUUAAAUCUACAAUGUAGAUUCAACAUCGAUUCAUUGAUUCCUUCCUGAAGUGUCGAAAAAUCACGACUAUUAAUUAUUAAGUGGUUUUAUCAUUCGUCUAUCUCUACAUACAUAUAUAUUCCUACGUACAUGGAUGUGAUUAUUUCAACGUUGCCGACACCAUUGGUAAACGCCACGGAAAAGUGUUUCGAAUUUUCUUCUAAAGGAUAUGGAGCAUGCGGAUUCAAUGAGUACAAAUUCGAAUUACAUUUUUACGAUUCAAUUUAUAAAGAGCAAUAUAGCUAUCGUAUUACAGACACCAAAGUGGAAUUCGUCAUUAAAAAAAAUUAUUAUAAAUGGUGGCCUCGAUUAGUUCCUGCUCCUCAAAAACCCCAUUGGUUGAGAAUUGAUUUUGAUCGUUGGCGAACAGAAGACGAAAUGAUUGAGGAUGAAAAGCCCCGCAAUAUUAUGGAGGACUAUUCUAAAGAGCUUGGCAAAGUACAAAAAGAAGAAUUAGGGUACUUAAAAGAAAGCGCCAAAAAAGUGUAUUUGAUAUUUUAUAAUUUGUCGCAAUUUAUCGGAUAUCUUUACAUUUUAAUCGUGAUGGGCGUUUUAUAUUACCGUGAUGGUAUAAUGCCGAUGCCUAAAAUAUAUGAGUCUGUAGGAAAUGCAAUGAAAUUUUGUCAACUGUUGCAAUAUCUUGAGGUGCUUCAUCCCAUUUUUGGAUACACAAAAGGUGGUGUUUUGAUGCCAUUUUUUCAAGUUAUGGGACGAAAUUUUAUACUCUUUGCGAUGAUAGAACUAGAGGAGCGUAUGCAAACGAAGCCAGUAAUUUUUUAUCUAUUUACGAUAUGGUCCUGUAUCGAAAUAAUUCGAUAUCCGUACUACUUAACACAAAUUUUUAAAUGCGAAAUUUUUCUUCUUACAUGGCUGCGAUAUACUGUAUGGAUACCACUGUACCCUAUGGGAAUAUUAUGCGAAGGUAUAAUAAUUCUCCGUAAUCUACCCUAUUUUGAAGAAACAAAAAAGUUGUCCCUGGAAUUGCCUAAUAAAUUGAAUAUCUAUUUUGAUAUGCCUGCAUUUAUGAAGAUAUAUUUGCUGUUCUUGAUUCUGCCAGGAACUUACUUAGUUAUGUCUCAUAUGGCAAAGACACGUGCCAAGAAAUUGAAUGAAAAACACCCCAUCUUAGGUAAACUAAUAUUGUGACAUGGCCGUGUUCUAUAGAACUCCGCGGAGUUUCAUUCUUAGUAUUAAUAGUAAAAUUUUUUAAUUUCAUUAUUACUUUGCCCAUAGUCAUAUCAUACAGACAUACAUAUGUAUGUAUAUCAAAAGUAUAAUAAAUAAAAAAUAGCCUUGUUUAAAA